AUGCCUGUAUGUACUAGAACAGAGAUAUUAGACCAUACUAUUCAUGAGGAAGUGUUGAAGAACUGAAGGGCGUUAGAUAGAGGAAGAACCGUCGAAUUGAAGGAUUUUGAAGUGGACUAGACCGGAAUACAAAGUGGGACAUAAAUACGCCAACAUAACGAAAAAUUAAAGUCUGACUAUCAAUAAAAUGAAAUAGAGACCAGUGGCCAAUAGUGGGAAGAAACUUGAAGUCGUGUGUAAUGACUGACGAGACGCAGCGGACAUUUGACAACACACAUGGAUAGAGUGGAAACUUUGGAUUGGAUGCACCCGAACAUUAUACUAACUAGAAAUAGUCUCAAAAAUCUUUUAGAACUAAGCAAAAAUUAGCUAAGGCUCAAAAGCAAAACAGACCAUUGCCACAAUGGAUCAGAUUGAGAUCUGGUAACACCAUCAGAUAUAACGCUAAGAGAAGACACUGGAGAAGAACUAAGUUAAACAUCUAA